AUGCCCCGAUGCCCCGCGGGGGCCAUGGACGAGGGGCCCGUGGACCUGCGCACCCGGCCCAAGGCCGCCGGACCCCCUGGUGCUGCGCUACCGCUCCGCAAGCGCCCCCUUCGUCCACCCUCCCCGGAGCCCGCUGCUCCCCGCAGCGCUCUGGGCCCAGUCGUCCCCCCGAACCCUCUGCUCGGCGGUUGCGACGGGCUGGCGGUCCCCGGGCCCCCUCACGGCCUGGCUCGGCCAGAGGCGCUUUACUACCCGGGACCUUUACUGCCCCUAUACCCUACUCCAACCAUGGGCUCCCCCUUUCCUCUGCUGAACUUGCCAACAUCCCUGUACCCCGUGAUGUGCUCCAUGGAACAUCCCCUGACAGCUGACAUCGCCAUGGCCACCCGUGCAGAUGAGGAUGGAGACACGCCUCUCCAUAUUGCUGUAGUGCAGGGUAACCUGCCAGCUGUGCAACGGCUAGUCAGCCUCUUCCAGCAUGGGCGCCGGGAUCUAGAUAUCUACAACAACUUAAGGCAGACACCACUCCACCUGGCUGUGAUCACCACGUUGCCGUUUAUGGUCCAGCUCCUGGUAAUGGCUGGUGCCAGCCCCAUGGCACUGGACCGCCAUGGCCAGACAGCGGCCCACCUGGCCUGCGAACACCGCAGCCCAACCUGCCUGCGGGCCCUGUUGGAUAGCGCGGCCCCGGGCACGGUGGACCUAGAGGCCCGUAAUUACGACGGGCUCACCGCCUUACACUUGGCCGUGAACACCGAGUGCCAAGAAACCGUGCUGCUCUUGCUGGAGCGAGGCGCAGACAUAGACGCGGUGGACAUUAAGAGCGGCCGCUCCCCCCUUAUCCAUGCCGUGGAAAACAACAGUCUUAGCAUGGUGCAGCUGCUGCUGCAGCACGGCGCCAACGUGAACGCACAGAUGUACUCAGGCAGCUCCGCGCUGCACUCUGCGUCGGGCCGCGGGCUCCUCCCGCUGGUCCGCACGCUGGUCCGCAGCGGCGCUGACAGCGGCCUCAAGAACUGCCACAACGACACACCGCUCAUGGUGGCGCGCAGCCGUCGGGUAAUCGACAUCCUGAGGGGGAAGGCCACCCGGCCUGCUGCCUCCACCUCCCAACCAGACCCCUCCCCUGACCGGAGUGGCACCACCUCCCCAGAAAGCAGCAGCCGCCUCAGCUCCAAUGGUCUUCUUUCUGCAUCACCAUCCUCCUCACCCUCCCAGUCUCCCUCCAAGGAUCCCCCUGGACUCCCCAUGGCUCCCCCUAAUUUCUUCCUUUCUCCACCAUCUCCACCAGCCUUCUUGCCCUUUACUGGGGUCCUCCGAGGCCCUGGCCGGCCAGUGCCCCUCUCCCCAGCUCCAGGAGGCAGCUGAGAGGGAUGGGGGGGCAGAUCUCGGACUCAUAAAGAGGGGCCUCCCUGCCCUGUGGGGUCAGCCCUUCUGGAAACUGUGAAGAUCUCACUCUGCCCCCCCCCCAACCCCCUGUUCCUCUGAACCAGGAUUUGCACAGAAGCACAUGCACCUACCCAAGAGCCCCAUCUUGAUCCCUGCCCAGGACUCUUACCCCCAUUACUCUCAGGCUCCAGUCUCCAGUCUUGAAAUCAACCCAAAUCUUCAUUUCCUUGUCCUCUCCCCAUGCCCUCCCACCAGCAGCCAGUGCACUGCCUGACAUGGUGGAAGGAACCAGGGAACAACCACUCCCCUCAAACCAGCUAAACAUGGAGAGGAGAGAUGGGCUGUAGGCUGGCACUGAUAACAAUGUAAAUUAUUAGGCCUUUUGGUUAGAUUUCUUUUGUAAUAAACUAUUUUUGUACCAUA